GAAACCACAAGCAGCAGCUCCUCAAUCUUGCCGUGCUGCACCAACGACGGCCGGGCCUCUUUAUAAAGUCUGGGUCGUCCCUGACACGGCAAGUCGUAAACUGUAUGCGAGAAAUGUUGUUCUGCGGCACGGGUAGCUUCAGGGACGUCGACAAGGAGGAGGGCGCCGGCGGGAAGCCGGACGCCGCGGCGAAGGCGAAGAAGGCGGGCGGCAAGACCAAGGGGAAGGACAACCCCUACUCGUCGCGGGGGCUGGACAAGUUCUCCACCGUCCUGUCCGAGCUCGAGUCCAAGAAGGAGAAGAUCCUGCGGCGCGUCGGCUCGGAUGUCGACGCCGGCCACUUCAUGGUCCGGUUCGUGCAGUCCGAUGCCAAGGGCUGGGUGCCCAUCGUCGUCAAGCUCCCACACGAGGAGGAGCAGGCUGCCGACGCCAAGAAGAGGCAAAGCAAGCCAACCUCGCGGUCGUCAACGCCGCCCACGGAGCCUGCCAGCCCCAAGGAAGAACCCGCUAAACCCGCCCACGUUGCCGCCGCGGCGGCGGCGGCGGUGGCGCCGAAGGCAGCUGUGCCGGCGAGGAAGAGUAAGGCCAGCGGCGUGAGGUGGUCCUGGGCCUGGGGAAGGAAGGUGAGGCCGUGCCACUACUGGCCGGUGGCCAUGGCGCUGCUGCUGCUGAGCCUCGUGGUGUUCGGGAGGGUGUUCGCCAUCUGCUGCACCUCCGUUUGGUGGUAUCUCUUGCCGGUCCUGAGCGGGGAGGAAGCCCUGAGAUCGCCGGCGGUGAAGGUCCGCAAGGAUGUUGUCCACAAGACCGGCGACAAACUCGCUGUGGCGCCACCUCCUUCGCAUGGCAAGAAGAACAGCUCUGGCGCUGCUCAUGAGAUGAUUUCACCAAGAAGCCAUGCACAUCGAAAGAAGGGGUGAUUUGCAGGAUGACUUGUGCUGUAUAGUUUGUAAAUUUUGUGUAGUUGGGUGGCCAGAAAGAUCAAAUUUUCCAGGUUAUCUUUCCUCCCUUUUUUUAGAGUUGAUUUACCUUUUCUUUCGUGCCUGUAAAAAUGUAAAUUAGCCCCUUCUUUGUGUGGCUGCCCCACAAGUGUUCAUAAAGCACCGGUCAUUCGGAAUAAAUAUCAAAUAACUCCUGAAUCAUGGAUAUCCCACAAA